AUGGCACAGGAGCGCCCUCACGUUGUAGAGGGGACCCAACUCACCGUCACGAGGGCCCAACCUCGACCAGACUACUCGGUCAAUACUGAUAGAAUAUUUGUCAAACACGUGCCAGACAGUGCCACCAGAUUGGAUCUGCGUGCUUACUUCAAUAACUUUGGUGAGGUCACGGACGUCUACAUCCCGAAGGAUAAAGCCACCGGUGCCCAGCGUCGCUUCGCCUUUGUCACAUUCCGUGAUGUACGCUCGGCUAGAGCGGCUCUAGGAGCGGGCACGCAUGUGAUACAUGACCAAGAGGUUCAGUUCCCCACACACUCGUCCAUCUCCCGUGAUGGAACCUUACAAUCGAACUAUAAGGAGCCAAACAGACUCUAUGGUAUUGCCCGCCUCUAUAAGUGGCAGUACUACUUCUACGACUACUGGGAGGAGACCCUCGACACCGUUGGUGCCUCUUCUACCGGCACCUCGGUCCGAUCGGUUCAAUUCUAUAGAUGA